AUGGCCACUCCAAUCACCGCCAGAUCCAUCUUGCCGACACUUCCACCAGAGCUGCUUGGUCGAGUGUUUGCCUUCGUCGACGACAAAGAUCUGAUUAGCUUGCGCCUCGUCUGUAAAGACAUCUGCGCGGCCGCUAACAGACCAUUCGCAAUCUGUUUUUUCGCCAACAGCCACCAUGUCACGACCGAGUACAGCAUUCAAGCACUCGUUAAGAUCACGGCACAUGGGGUGUUCAGUCCUCACAUCAAAACGGUGACAAUCUGCUCCGCUCGCAUUGCAACCCAUGUUCUCGACGAGAGAGACAAUACUGAAAACACGGAUGAGGAGAACGUUGAAUCUCACGAAGAGCCCGGGGAUGAGGCAGAUGGGGAAGCUGACGACAAUGACGACGAGUCUGACGAUGUCGAGGAACUUCUUGUCGAUACUUCGUUCGUGCGUUCCGGGCAAUUUGACCGCCUUCUGAAGAUCGCAUUUUAUAACAUUCGAAAGACCUCACGUUAUAUCACAAUCGGUGUUUCAUCAGAUUAUCGAUCGAGAGGACGUUAUACAAUCUCCUCGCUAGCCCCCAAAAGACGACCGUACGGCUGGAGAACCAUGCUCGAUGCAUCACGCAUCAUCUAUCGAACUGUCGAUACGCUCAAUAUCAUUAUGGCAGCCGUAGCGGACUCUGGUUGUCAGAUGAAUGGCCUGUCCGUUGUAUGCUACACAUUCCCCUCCAACGAUGACGUGCACAGGAUGAAGAAAACACUCGAGAAAUUUUUCCUGACUCGUACUUUGCCUCUGGACCUCUAUUUUGACUGGAAACGUCUUCCCGUCAUGCAGUAUGCCUGCUGGGAAGAAUCCGUGAGACUGAUUGGGCAUUUCGUUUCCAGCCGCGGGGACAACGAUGCUCAAUUUCCUGUCGAUACUGUAAUUCGUUGGAUCCUCAAACAACCCAUGUGGCAUCUCUAUGCCGACAGGUUUAAGUUUUCGGACCUGUCUUUCUCGAACAUCUAUUUCGUAGAUUCUCUGGAAGACGUUGUGCUUACCAGACUUGAGCUGCAGUCAAGUCCAUUUGGCAAGGAGAGUUACAGCGAUCUGUUCGUGCGACUUGCUGCCAUGCCAAACCUGCAAUCAUGCGAGUUGUACAAAUUCAGAUACCAAAUUCCUAGACAACGCGCUGGGUACUCCAUCGGACUUCGGUCCGGUACAUAUCCUGCUAAGAGGGACAAUCUCUAUCUCCUCUUUCCCAACAACCAAAUCCGUCUCAACGUAUCGGGUGAAAACGUCUCUCAACAGUUACUGGGCCUGGCCGCAUACACCUCGGCAGCAGAGCGCAAGAAGAUACUGGCGAUUGAGGCUGACGGAGAAGUCAAAGAUCCCUGGGUCUCCGCGCUUGACAUCAGCCAUGAGCCGCGCAAAUUCCGCGAUAACGACUUGGGCCUAAACAGUGGUUCUGAUGAUGACGGCUUGUGUGAGAGCUCUGACUCAGAGGAGUACGAAGAAGAGGAGUCUCCAGAGGAUUCAGAGGACUCAGAGGACUCAGAGGAUUCGCAGAGUUCGGAGGACGAAGACGAUUUAUCAGAAUUCGAUAUUGCAUAG